AUUAACUAGGCUAACACCAUGCACUUACAAUUUUACAGAGUUUCUAAAUAUCCUGAGUUUGUUUUUAAAAUCUCUCAAAUCACAAAAAUGUCUAUUGGAUCAACCAACCUUGUCAUACUAUAUUUAGGUCGAGAUAAUGGAAGCUAGAAGGCUCGCGAUCCUCUGUUCUCACCUGAACCCACCUGGUCCGUACCCGACCCGAGACCCGAUUCUCAGGGUUUCCGAUUGUAGUAGCUCAGCUUCUUCCGGCGACGGGAAAGUGGAAUCAUCCAAUCUCCAAAACGACUGCGUUUUCUGUAAGAUUAUCCGUGGCGAGUCUCCAUGUCUCAAGUUGUACGAGGAUGAUAUGUGUUUGUGUAUUUUGGAUACUAAUCCACUUAGCCAUGGGCACUCUCUUAUCAUUCCCAAGUUACAUUAUCCAACCUUAGAGGAAACUCCUCCCUCAGUUGUUGCUGCCAUGUGUUCUAAAGUGCCGCUUAUCAGCAACGCCAUCGUCAAAGCUACUGGCAGUGAUUCAUUUAACUUAUUGGUUAACAACGGCGCAGCAGCUGGGCAAGUCAUAUUUCACACACACAUUCACAUAAUCCCGCGUAAGGAACGUGACUGCUUAUGGGCUUCCGAGAGCUUACGGAGACACACUCUGAAACUUGACAAGGAAGCAUCUCAACUGGUAUCGCGUGUUCGACAACAAUUGUGCAACCUUCCUGAAGAACAAUUGGUUCAGCCCUCAUAAAAGUCCCUUCUCAAGAAACCCAUUGUUGUAACAUUAGAUACAGAAUCCAAACCCCAAAAGUAUAUUCUGUAUAGUUCAUAUUCAGUCUCAUUUUCAUUUAUCUAUCUAUAUUCUUGAAUCUCUGUUAUUUUAUCAAGAUUUAGUGAGAGAAGUAGAAGAAGUUGUUUAGUCUCAUUCAAAUCACAGGCUUGUUAGGUUCAUCUACUUAGUAACACUCUUGCAUAUCAACGUUUCGAUUUGAGGCUUAGGAUUUUCAUGGAAUCUGUAAUUCCUGAUUUGUUGUACAAAGAAAGAAGAUUGGAAUUG